AUGUGUGGGCGUUAUGCUAUGGGAAUUCGUCUAGCGUUCAUUCGACAUCAACUACAACAGAGAGGCCAGCAGAUUGACGAAGUAGCAGACGACGAUGAAGUGAGGGAGACGUAUAAUUUUGCACCUGGAAACUACGGUGCUGUUCUCAGAGCGGACACCCCUGACCAUGGUGGCGUGAGCCAUGAAGCUCCUGACGGCGAAGUCCCCGAAGACCAAGAGGGUACCGAGCAAACUGAGGGAAAGGAGAAGGGUACCAAGUACAAGAUCCAGGCUAUGAAAUGGGGACUUAUACCCUUUUGGACCAAACGGUCUCCAGACUAUGGCUCAAUGAUGAAGACUAUCAAUUGCCGAGACGACUCGUUACUAGAAGAUCGAGGCAUGUGGACUUCAAUGAAGAGGAAAAAGCGGUGCAUUGUGAUAUGUCAGGGGUUUUACGAGUGGCUUAAGACCGGGCCUGGAGGCAAAACUAGGCUCCCCUACUUUACCCGUCGAAAGGAUGGCGACCUGAUGUGUUUCGCUGAUUCGGAUGAGAAGCUGUAUACUUACACGGUUAUCACCACCUCAUCCAACUCACAGCUGAAAUUUCUCCAUGAUCGUAUGCCGGUCAUUCUUGAUCCGGGCAGUAAGGCAAUGGCAGCAUGGUUAGACCCACAUACUACUACAUGGACUAAGGAGCUUCAAUCAUUCCUAAAACCCUAUGAAGGCGAACUGGAGACAUACCCUGUCAGCAAAGAUGUAGGGAAAGUUGGCAAUAACUCCCCGAGCUUCAUUAUACCCAUUAAUAGCAAGGAAAAUAAGUCAAACAUCGCCAAUUUCUUCCAGGGAAAGGGGCAGAAGAAGGGAAAGGCAGACGCACCGGAAACCAAACCUGAGAAAGCGGAAGCAGAUUCUACCACCCUGAAACGAGAACAUUCUCCGGAAGGUAAGCUGGAGCAAGCGUCAGAUGCCAACAAGAAGAUUAAGAUUGAGAGCCCUCGGAAUGAAUCUGCUGAAAAUGUGGAAGCUCUAAAAGAACGCAGUCCUAUGAAAAAGAUGCGAAGCGCAACAAGCAAUGACACGAAGCCCAAACGCAGCGCUAAACCAAGUGGUGGAAAUCAACGAAUUACCAAUUUCUUCAAGAAAUGA